CUGUGUGUGUGUCUGUGUGUGUGCAGCGAGGGGGGAGUCUUCAAGGCUCACCUCACCUUCCCACGAGACUAUCCACUGCGACCUCCCAAGAUGCACUUCAUGUCAGACAUCUGGCAUCCUAACGUGUCUAAGAGCGGUGACGUGUGCAUCUCCAUCCUGCACGAGCCGGGCGAGGACAAGUUUGGGUACGAGAAGCCCGAAGAGCGGUGGCUGCCCAUCCACACGGUGGAGACCAUCCUCAUCAGCGUCAUCUCCAUGCUCGCCGACCCUAACGGGGACUCUCCGGCUAACGUGGACGCCGCUAAGGAGUGGAGGGACGACCGUCAGGGGGAGUUCAAGCGCAAGGUGGCUCGCUGCGUCCGCAGGAGCCAGGAGAUGGCGUUUGAAUGACAAGAGGGCCACCUCCUCAUCCACCUCGUCACGACGACUCCUGGCUUAGUAUGAUUCUUCAUCACCGGGCUACCAGGUUCGGUGAUGGUGAUGAUGGUGGUGGUGGUGGUGAUGGUGGUGAUGGUGGUGGAGAGGCAACCCCUACCCUCAUCACCCUCACCACCCUCACCACCCUCACCACCCCCUGACCUCCCCCCCCCACAC